AUGGCAUCCAUCCACCCGUACCAGCAACUAGACAUCGACGAGCGCGUGAAGCGCGUCCUCAGCAAAACCCCCCUGAUAGACGGACACAACGACCUCCCGCAGCAGCCCCGAGCAGCCUUCCACGGCAAGAUCCACGACAAUCCAAAAUUCGACCUGAACAAGGGCUUCGAGAGGGGAAUGACAGAUAUACCGCGUCUCCGCGAAGGCGCCGUGGGAGGACAGUUCUGGUCCAUAUGUGUGCCAUGCUUGCGUUCGGCGGAGGACUUCUCGACGCCGGAGUACAGCGAUAUGGCACGUGAUGCGAUUGAGCAGGUAGAUCUGGUGCUGCGCCUGGUAGAUUCGUAUCCCGACACUUUCGAGUUGGUCAAGGGGCCAGAUGAGGUCAAAAAGGUGUAUGCAGGGGGUAGGAUUGCGUGCUCUAUUGGGAUUGAGGGCCUCCACAUGGCCGGUAACAGCAUAGGCAUCAUCAUGGCUUUCUACAUGCUUGGUGUCCGCUAUUGCACGCUGACGCAUGUCUGCAACAACGCGUUCGCAGACAGCUCGACAUCGAAGACUGGACCCGUGCACGGCGGAUUGUCGAAGCUGGGCCGGGCCGCCAUUGUCGAAAUGAACAGGAUCGGCAUGAUCAUCGACCUGUCGCAUGUAUCCGAGGAUUGUGCAGUGCAAGUCUUGAAGCUGACGAGGGCGCCUGUGAUGUUCUCGCACAGCAAUGCCAAAGGUGUCUUUGACUGCGCACGGAACCUCCCGGAUCACAUCCUCGAUCAAGUGCCGCAAAAUGGGGGAAUAGUGAUGGUGACGUUUGUCCCGGAGCAUGUUGCCACGCGACGGGCAGAUGCGACGAUGGACAUGGUGAUUGAUCACCUCUUCUACAUUGCUGAGAGGAUUGGUUGGGACCAUGUAGGCCUCGGCUCGGACUUUGAUGGAAUUGCAAGUGUGAUCAAGGGCUUGGAAGAUGUGCGGUGCUAUCCCGGGCUACUCAAAGCCAUACUUGACCGAGGGGCUACGGAAGAGCAGCUUGGCAAGCUAGCAGGAGAGAAUAUUCUGCGAGUCUGGCGUGGCGUAGAGAACGUGAAGGACUUGAUGAGGCAGGACGGUGUCCUUCCUGUCGAAGACGUGUGGGAGGAUCGUAAGUGGUGGCGAUAUGACGGAUACUACCAGAUGGAUGACCCAGACCCAGAAGACAAAGAAGAAAUGGGAUGGUACGGAAUACCACCGCCAGAAGAAGGAUUGUAUCUGGAAGAGUAG